CGGAUCCGGAUAGGAUACUUACUGAUCUUUCGUCUUCCAUCGUCAUCGAAAUUGUGAAAAAAGGAAGAAGAAGAAGAAGGAGAAGAAAGAAAGAAAAAAGUUUCUACGUUCAGUUAAUUAACUUUUAUGAGAUAGUGGAAGGAUGCAGUUGAAGGUCGAGGAUUCGUGACCUCCUUCUGUUUUUUUGUUUUCUCUUAACGACGGGAGAAACAAUGAAGACAGAAUUGGAGACGGAUAGCGAGUGUUCGAAUAGCAUGAUCUGCUCGACCAACAAUAACAGCAACAACAACAACAACAACAACAACAACAACAAUAAUAAUAAUAACAACAAUAACAACAAUAUUAACAGUGUUAAUAACAACAACAAUAACAACAAUACUCAGAAUCAUAACAAUAAUAACAAUAACAACAACAAUAACAACAACAACAACAACAAUAACAACAAUCAUGGGCCUGGUAAGAAAGGAAACAAUACAAGCACAAUGGCAAAGGGUGCUAUAGUUGUUGGGGGUGGAAUUACUGCUAAAGAAAAUGGUCAACAACAGGAUGGCAUGGAAAUGGAUUGUGGUGGUUGCGGAGAAAAUGUCCGAGAACGAACCGUACUAUGUGUUGGGGGUCGUACAUGGCAUUCGAGAUGCCUCAAGUGUUGCGCUUGUGCCAGACCCCUUCAUGAUCAACAUUCCUGUUUUCUUCGGGGGAUGAGACUCUAUUGUCGACACGAUUACGCCCUAACGUUCGGUGCUAAGUGUGCAAAAUGUGGGCGAAGUGUGGGCGCAGGUGAUUGGGUUAGGAGAGCCCGUGAAAGGGUUUAUCAUUUGGCCUGUUUUGCCUGUGACGCUUGUUCACGUCAAUUAUCGACUGGUGAACAAUUUGCCCUGUUGGACGCACGAUUAUUAUGUAAGGCACAUUAUCUUGAUGUAGUAGAGGGAAACAAUACUUCUUCCUCCGAAGAUUGUGACUCCGAACACGGUGGCAAGGGUAGUAAAACAAAGAGAGUAAGAACUACGUUCACCGAGGAACAACUCUCCGUAUUGCAGGCGAAUUUUCAAUUGGAUAGUAAUCCCGAUGGUCAGGAUCUCGAAAGGAUAGCACAUGUAACUGGAUUAAGUAAGAGGGUCACACAAGUAUGGUUUCAAAAUUCAAGGGCAAGGCAGAAGAAGCACAGUGGCAAAAUCAAAACGCAAAUGCAUCAUUCACCACCAAUGCAACAUCACCCGACGGAAAUGUAUCCCAGUAGUGUGAACGUGGUCGGAGCAUACCUAGGUGGUUAUCAAGGUGGCAGUGCCGGAAGUGAAAGUCCCGGAAGUCCAUUAACCCCACUGACACCAAUGACACCCUUAACGCCAACUACCCCGACUCAUCACCAACCACAAUUUUGUCAUCAAACGGGAUAAAAAUCUGCUCGAUAUUCGCCGAUCUUUUUUUGUAUGUACAUAGAAAAAAGAAACAAAAAAAAACAGAAAAAGAAGGAAAGAAAAUAAAAAGAGAGAGAGAGAGAAAAAGAAGAUGAAAAGAUGAGAUUAAAUAAAAACAAACAAAUAAGCAAACAAAAAAUGAUUGGUCGUAGAAAAUGAUCGAUCAGUAGUUUAGUAACAUAAACGAGCUUUUAAUUUUUAUUUAUUCGACGUCAGCGAUUUAAAUCGGUGCAAAUUUCUAACGAAAAAAUAAAAAAGAAGAAAACAAAAAGAAAGAAAAGAAAUUGGACUUCCUGUUAUCCUUCAUUAAUAUUAAAAAGAAAAGAAAAAUAUAAAAGUAAAAGAAAAACGCGGAAAAUAUACGAUUAUUAAUUAAAUCGAAUUUUCAGAUAAAUGAUACGUAAAUAUAAGUACAUGUAAAUUUGCUUUCAUAUUUUUUAUAUCUGUCGCUAUCGAAAAGACUUGAAGGAUGAAAGGAUUGUAAAUAAAUAAAUUCUCCGUUCCCUCUUUCUUACCCGGCCUAUCCCUCUCCCUCCUUCUUCCAUCGCCCCCUUUGAACUUUUUUGUACAUAAAAAAAUUU